GCGGCCUCUCUGUUUCUACGGUGGUUCUCUAUUUUCUUUUCCCGCGAGUUGUUAAUCCCUUCGCCGUACUCAGCUACCGCCGCCGCCGCCGCCGCCGCGUGAGUUGAGAGAACGAGAGCCAAGAAGCCAGGGAGGGACUUGAGCUUCACUUGGGAAGGGCUAGUACUGCUCCCGCCCCCGCCACGGCCGUCUGGCUGUCUGUUGCGCGACUGCGCCAGCCUGGCGGCUCUGCCCCGGGCUGCUGGCGCCGCCAUUGCUUUCCCUUGGAGCCGCUGGCAGCUAAACUGGUGCCCUCGGCCGCCUUUGUGCGUUCCUCGCCACUGCGCCCGGGGUAGCUGAGGUCUGAAGACGGAGGUGUCGCCCGCCUCACGGCUCCUGCACCACGGUUUUUCUUUCUCGCAUCGCCAGAGCAACAACUGCCCCCCGCCGUUGUUUGUCCUGUGCUCAAAAUGGAGGCUAAUGGAGCAGUGGAUCUGGAGGUUGACAUUAUCGGCCCAGGUGCUGCUGGUAGCAAGUUAACCUCGGUUGACGACCCUGACGCCACAGAGUGUUCAAGUUCUUUUGGGGACACUCUGUCAGGUUCGGAGGAUGGUGCAAGACCUUCAGAGAUUAGCGACAUUGAGGUGGACUCGCCGUUCUGCCGCUACCCUUCUAAUUGUGAUGCUGCUGCUCUACUGGAUGCAGCUGCUUCAGACAAUUCGGAUAGACUAUUGAAGAAGAAAAAGGUGACUGAUCAUUGGAGAAAGUAUGUAAGCCCACUAAUGUGGAGAUGCCAAUGGUUAGAACUGCGGAUGAAGGAUUUGCAAUCGCAAGUGUCUAAAUAUGACAAGGAGCUUGCAGUACUCAAGCAUGAGAAGGAGUUGCAGACAAAAAUGAUUGAAUUGGAUUGUUCCUCCUCACGAUCUGUACCAUUCUCCUCUCUUUGCUGCAGAAAGACUAUGAAGCGAAGGAGGAGAAAAAGAAAUGAAGAUAAAAUUGACACUUCAUCAUAUAUCUCUAAUCAUACUGUAUUAUCUUAUUUUGAAAAAAUGGAAGCAGAUGGUCAUUCUAUUGAAGACAAUGCCAACCUAGUCGAUGACAACACAAAAGCAAAUAAUGAUGCUGAUUGGCUACUUGGUAUUGAAGGAGGUGAUACCACUGUUGAGCAGAUUCUUUUAAGCAUUCAAGCUGCUCAAGACAGGGUAUUCAGUCUGAGAUCAAAUCUCAAGCAAGCAAUGGCUAGGAAGAAUAAGGGAAUAACCCUUAAAAUUAACACAUCCGUCAUUGGUACACACAGCUCAAAUUGCUCACCAGGAAAGGGCAAAGUUGCUGGACUGCAUGAGAGAUCUCCCCAGGACACAUCAGAAUGUGAUAUGGAUGAUUCUGGCAUGCCUGAUAGUGCUCUCUCAAGCUAUGGAGAAGCUAGCAACAUGGAUAUUUUUGAGAGCACCAUGAGCCUAUUGUCUGAAGGCCCACAUCAGAUGGGAGAAUUUCGUGAAAGUUCUGAAGAUGUAUUGAUUGACAACCAGGCAGCAGAGGAAGGGUACCGAAACUUCGAGGUGAUCAGCCACCCAAGCAAGCGGCUAAGGGUAUCAGUGAAGCGAGAAGCUGGGCCACACUCGGAGGAUGAGAGCGUCGCCCCUGUUGUCGGUGUCAAGAGAGAAGAGACACACGAGGAAGCUACCACCAGCUUCAGCCUGCACGGGGCAUUCCUGAAGCCCUGCUUCACGGGGAAGAGGCAGGAGAGGAAGCCGAAAAAGCAAAUGAAGCGAAGGCGAGGUGGCCCGACCGCGGCAGCUGCCGCUCUCAUCUCGUGGAGGAGCAAGAGGAUCCGGAAGAAGAAGCAACUCUAGGAUGGACGCACAUGCCAUGGUUCACACUUUCUGGCCUGAUCAGAUGAUGGGAUGACGACGGCAACCGCAUACUUAAAUCUUUUUCUUAGCCUUAUUCUUUUUUAUUUGUCUUUCUUUACCUUAUCACUUUUUUUAUCUGCCUCUCCUUACCGUUAUCCUUUUUCUUUCCUGGAUUCUGUUUAACUUUUGGCUGUUUGUUUCGGUUUCAAAUGGGACUGUUUUGCCAAUGCGUUUCAUUCAUUCCAGGUUCCUGCAA